UAUGUAAAUCGUUCCUGCGUGAAUAGCCUAACUUUUUCAUAUUGAGAGGUUAACUCAUCGUUCCCGUGACAGGCAUUUUCACUGUGUCUGUCAAUUACAUUGAGACGGCGGAUAACAGGAGCAAGUUAUAGAAAUGGAGUGCUUGAUUGGUAUUCAGUGCAAAGAUUUCGUCCUAGUUGCUGCGGAUAUGACAACCGCACAGUCUAUUAUAGUUAUGAAAAGCGAUGAACACAAGAUUCACAAAAUCUCUGACAAACUUGUCAUGGCAAUAUCUGGAGAGUCGGGCGACACGACACAGUUUUCAGAAUAUAUUGGAAAGAAUAUUCAAUUGUACAAGAUGCGAAAUGGCUAUGAAUUGUCUCCCAAGGCUGCAGCUUGCUUUACAAGAAGAAACUUGGCAGAUUAUCUCAGAAGCAGAACUCCAUACUUUGUCAAUAUGCUUUUGGCUGGAUAUGACAAUGAUUCGGGACCAGAAUUAUAUUUUAUCGAUUACUUAGCAUCCUGUGUAAAAGUUCCUUAUGCGACUCAUGGAUAUGGUGGGAUGUUCUCCAUGUCAGUUUUAGAUAGAUAUCACAAAUAUGAUUGUACAGAAGAAGAGGCAUAUAUAUUGUUAAAGAAAUGUGUUCAAGAAAUUCAAAAGCGAUUAAUCAUUAAUUUGCCAAAUUUCAAGGUUCAAAAGAUAUCAAAGGAUGGAAUCAAAGAUUUGCAGCCAAUUACAGCUGAAAAUUUGGCUGUCGAAACCGCUGCUAAAGCAUAAAAGUUUAUAUCUUUUUAUGGGAAUAUUUCCGUUAUAGAAAUUAAUUUAAUUAUGACUUAAAGAAAAUCAGUCAAUGAUUGUAUUCGUUUACUUUUUCUUUAAUAAAUUAUGAAAAAUUUAUGCA